AUGUCCGAGCGCCGGUCUCUUCGUCGUGAGAAAAGCGCCAAUUAUGGUUCUGUUUUGCCAGUGAAGCGCACGCUGCAACUUACGAGCCCGCAACAUCACAACCUGCAUGCUGUGAAUUUUGAAGCGGAAAGCGGCGAUUUUUCUUCGUCCGCCAAGAUUCUCAGCGACAGUCAUGGCUCACGUAGUCGUGAUCGUCUCAGCCGAUACCUGGAUCACAGUUCGUUCGGAGUGGGGCUGGACAUUUUUCUCGUUCUGGUCUCAAUCGUGUUUGCAAGCUCGUACAUUGCGAAUACCUACGUAAAUUCCAAUGAGAUGCCCUUCAGCCUCUGGAUAACGGACAUCGUCUGCGCAAGUCUCUUGGCUGUGGAUUUCCUGUUUCGAGGCGUUUAUCUCUCCAGUCGUCGUCGAGAAUACAUGCUCUCCUUCCCUGGGCUUGUAACACUUGCUGUCGUAUUACCAGUGUUACCGACUUCGUUCUUCCUACAAUACCACUCUCUUUGGUACGGUAUCUCGGACUGGCGGUUCGUGUAUCCUCUCCGGUUUCUCAUAUGCUACGUUGAAGCCAAAGCUGUGUUAAGUCGCUGUCAUGGACUCAUGUCUCCUGUUCAGCAGUUCGCAAUGCUCUGCUACCUCCAGUUAACGAUCAUCAUUGCUGUUGCAGCUGGAGUCAUUCAGAUCGCGGAGACUGCCGACGACAAGUACGCGAGCGGGAAUCUAGGGGAGUGGACGUUCUUCAACUCGUUUUUCAACUCUGUGCUCGCAUUUGUGACGAUCCAAUCUCCUCCUGCCGAUAAUCCGUUGGCUAAAGUAUGUGUAGGAGCGCUGGUGUUGGUCCUCAUCUUGGUUGUCCCGUACCAAGUGUCUCAAAUCUUGGCGCUCGGUAGCUCCUUCUCCCCGUACGAGCUCGCCAGCCACACGCCGUCACCGACUAUCAAGCAUAUCAUACUUUGUGGAGAUCUAACUCCGUCGCGUAUCGACCAUUUCUUUCGAGAAGUCUUCCACGACGAUCACGAUCUGGUUGAUAUCAACGUUGUUGUAUUGAGUGAGGAGGAACCAGCCACGUCGCUUAUCGCUCUGCUAAUGGACCCUUUUUUCGAGAAGCGGGCGAGUUUUAUACAAGGUUCAUUACUGGAUGUGGACGAUGCGCAGCGAGCAGCUUGUGCUUCAGCCGACGCCAUCUUUAUCCUAACACGGCUUGUUGCAGGGGAGUCACCUGCUAGUAGUGACCACAGGGCAUUGAUGCGCGUUCUGGCUGCUCGACGUGAAGCCCCCAAUGCUCGAUUGUUUGCACAGCUCCACUUGUCAGCUAACCGGGGACUUGUAGCCGACUUGAAUGUGUCGAAUGUGCUCUGCUUCUCCGAGGUGAUGCACUCGUUACUUGGUCAGAACUGCGUGUGUCCGGGUUUCUCGACGUUCAUGUACAGUCUUACGUCGACCUCAAGUUACGAUACCAGUGGCGACUAUGACGAUCCACCGGAAGCGGAUGCAUCAUGGGAAGAUCGCUAUUUACACGGCUCGAGUCACGAGGUUUAUUCGGUGGAACUACCUUCAGCCUGUGUGGUGUACGGUAAAACUUUCUCGGAAGUGGCUUCACUAGCGUACGCUCAAUGCUCUGGAGUGAUCGUGUUUGCAAUCACCACAGCUCAGUCGCCAAAAGUGAGCGGAGGCAGGUUGCUGUUGAACCCUGGAGAUUCGUACACGUGUAUUGGCGCAGAGACAGUGUUUGUCAUUGCUCAAGAUCGACGUCAAGCCAACGCCGUUACUCAAAUGCAGCCGAGUGACACCAUGCCGGAAGCCUGGACGUCUCAGCGUCGAAACUCUAAGAGGCAUUAUUCACGUGGGGCAAGUGCCAAAGUCAAGUUGGUUUCAACGCCUGGGAGCAGUACUGGAAAUGACACGCCCAGUAGCUUAGGAGAUGACGAUGUUUCACCACGCCGACGACAAUCUCGGCUAUUAAACUGGCAAACAGAAGUAUCAAGUCCAACGUCAGCAUUUAGCCAGAAACUGGAGGAGGAAGAAGAAGACGAUCCUCUCACUGUCGAGACAAAUGCACCAGAGCUUGAUACGUGCCGUCCAGAAGCAGCGGUUGUCCAGGACGUGGCAUCUUUGAAUUUGGAGAUUGGCCACAUUGUGGUCUGUGUGCUGUCGCCUUCGUCGUUCCCUCAUCAUCUCGAGUACCUGAUUGGCCCACUGCGAGUGCGUGCACUAAGACAACAUCGUCCAGUAGUAAUCGUGACUGCAACUCUGCCUGAAGUGGAAGACUACGAACAUUUUCAGCGCUUCGUCGGCGUUUACUUCGUAGUGGGAGAUCCAUUCCGUCAUAGCACUCUAAGACGAGCUGGAGUUCAUGACGCAUUCCGUAUUGUCCUUAUGGGCGCUGAAGGCGAAGUCUCUGAUGCUGGCACUUCAGAACUGCUCCAAGAUGCCGCUUGUAUCGCACUACACAAGACAAUCGUGACUCUUAUAGGUCCCACGCGAGCACCACGUAUCAUUACGGAGCUUGUAAACCGCGCGAAUGUGCACUUCGUGGCACAAAACCUCACCGCUAGUGGCUGGUUCCCACUUUCUGAGUGUGAUUCUGCAGCUGCAUCAACUUCUUCGCUUGAAUUGGCUCGCAACUUUGCUGUUUCUCCUGCUUUUGCGGCUGGACUCACGUACAGCACGUCGCUUUGCGAUAGCUUGCUUAUUAACCAGUUCUUCAAUGCUCGUAUCAAGAAUAUUUUACGGGAGUUUAUCUUCGCCUCGUGGACGGAGGGUGGAGUGGGAACACUGCCUAGUUCUCCCGCUGGCUUCGGAGAGGCUGCCGCUUCCCCAACAUUAUCAACGACAUCAGCUAUGGACAUUCAACGCAGCUCUCUGUUCGCUGUGGAGGUGCCGCUGGACUUCGUGGGUCGCACGUUCGAAUUUGUGUUUCAUUACUUGCUGUCGUCGGAUGGUAUCCUCGUCAUUGGACUGUAUCGCUGCCGUCCUGAUGUGAUGCUACAUUCGUCUGCUGUGCACGUGCUCAGCGGAGGUCAGUGGACGAAGACUGCCACAAGAGCCCGUAUCGAAGUUUCCGAGGAUGAACGGAGUGUGCCAUUUGGUUACGUGUACGUGAACCCGCAGCCGCAUGAGGUUCUCACUGGCAACGAUUUGCUUUACGUGCUAUCGGACAUUCAGCCCUGCUGGGCGGACCCGGAUAAAGAGUUGCCCAACGAUAUAUAG